CUGUCAGAGGACAGGGUAAAGAUGGCGACGUCCCUGAGGUGUUUCCUGCGCUCCGGAAAGAAGGCCGUGCUGGUGGUGGGUCGGCGGGGCUUUCAGCGGAGCGCUGCGGCCGGUGUUCAGGUGACGGUCCGUGAUGCCCUGAACCAGGCGAUGGACGAGGAGCUGGAGCGCGACGAGCGCGUCUUCCUGAUGGGGGAGGAGGUGGCUCAGUACGACGGCGCCUACAAGGUGAGCCGAGGUCUGUGGAAAAAGUACGGAGACAAACGGGUCAUCGACACGCCGAUCUCAGAGAUGGGCUUCGCUGGCAUCGCGGUGGGUUCUGCCAUGGCCGGCCUGAGACCCAUCUGUGAGUUCAUGACCUUCAACUUCUCCAUGCAAGCCAUCGACCAGGUCAUCAACUCUGCAGCCAAGACCUACUACAUGUCCGCCGGGCUGCAGUCGGUCCCCAUCGUCUUCAGAGGACCCAACGGAGCGUCGGCGGGCGUCGCCGCGCAGCACUCGCAGUGCUUCGCUGCCUGGUACGCCCACUGUCCAGGUCUGAAGGUCGUGAGUCCCUGGAGUUCAGAAGAUGCCAGAGGUCUCCUGAAGUCAGCCAUCAGAGACGAUAAUCCAGUGGUGUUCCUGGAAAACGAGCUGAUGUACGGCGUUCCCUUCGAGAUGUCCGAGGAGUCUCAGUCCAAAGACUUCACCAUCCCCAUCGGGAAGGCCAAAAUCGAGAGACCAGGAAACCACAUCACUUUGGUUUCUCACUCCCGGUUGGUCAGUCACUGCCUGGACGCCGCCGCCGUCCUCGCCAAAGAAGGAAUCGAGUGUGAGGUGAUCAACCUUCGGACCAUCCGUCCGAUGGACGUGGAGUCCAUCGAGACCAGCGUGAUGAAGACCAACCACCUGGUGACGGUGGAGGGCGGCUGGCCCCAGUUUGGGGUCGGAGCCGAGAUCUGUGCCAGAAUCAUGGAAGGUCCCGCCUUUAACUACCUAGACGCCCCGGUUACCAGGGUGACGGGAGUGGACAUCCCCAUGCCGUACGCCAAAAUCCUGGAGGAAAACAGCCUUCCUCAGAUCAAAGAUAUCAUCUUCUCCGUCAAGAAAACCCUGAACGUCUGAGAGAGAGCGUGGAAACAUCUGAAAUUCUAACGUAACGAUUCCAGGUCGAUGUUUAACUCGGACCAGGUUAAACUGUCUGCACUUCCUCCCUUUCACAAUAAAAGCUGCUCUGUCCUCGUGUGGAAGGUCAGCAAUAACAAAUUUUUGCCCAACAAGCGAAUUAAAAUCUGGUUCAAUGUUUUCUCAACUGCAGCUAAUUUAUUUAAAGCCGACUCAAAAACUUAGAAUAAAGUUUAAAGUUCCUAAUUUCAUCUUUUUAUCUGCUAAAACUCUGAACAUCUUGUCUGACGUUAAACAUCUGCAGCUCAGUUGUCGUUUCUCUGAGACUUUGGACCGUUCAGACUUCUGUCCCUCAUCUUUUCACCGGGUCGCUCCGUGAAGAACCGGCGGGUCCAGAAUAUUUAUUGUAGCAGCUCUGUGGAUGUUUCCGACUCCUGUUACAGAAAUAAAACCUGUUCAUCCCUC